AUGGGUGGCAAGCCAAAGAAGCGGAAGAGCGGCCGCUCGUCGAACGCUUGCAGAGCGCAGGCGUUCGCCCAGACGUGUGUGAACAGUAUGGAGUCUACCAAGGACAAGAAGCAGAAGAAUCUGCGGCGGAUGCGGGUCGUGCAGCUGCAGCGAUCGGUGGAUCGCAAGCUCCAGGAGCUGCGUGCGUUCCCUAAAGAGCCGGUGGCGCCAAAAGCUCCGGCGCGCAAGGGACCAACGUCCCCGUCGCAGUGGAAACUCAAAGGAGCGGCUCGACCAGCGGCUUUAUUGGCGAGGAUUGCAGCUGGCGAAUUGGACGAGUGUGGCAACGAGUUCCCGCAACCAGUGGAGACUUUCGAUUUGUAUGAGGAGGUGCUGCAGGAGGGGAAGCUGGCAGAGCACGCGGAGACGAAGGAAUACGUCAGUCUGCUGAAACGGCUUGCUGCUGCCUGCUGCGAAGCUAGGAUGUAUAACCGCGGCAUCCAGAACUACGAGUUGUGCAUCAGCUUAGACAAGACGGACACUUUUCAUUCACGAGAGGGCCUCGCGUGUGCCUUGGUGGACGAAGGUCGUGGUCUUGAGGCACGGGCUUUGAUCGAACAGCACGAGGAUCUAGAUUCGGCGGUGCUAGCGUAUUGCCAAGUGAUCAUCGAGUACGUGUCGUGGGAGGUACUGGAAGAAGAAGGGUCGUCAGAAGAGGUCGUACAAGCAGCGUUUCGCAAGGCGUUUCGAUUGAACCCGUUCAUCGCUGUGGUCAUUGCUUACCACGACACGUUUUUUCAAGUGAUGGAGUACGUGGAAGACAUCAAGAAUGCAAUGCGAGGGUCCGUUGAAGAGGCAUUCGUAUAUGCUUCGCAGCAUAUUGGCGUUUGGGUCGACACUGUUGGAGCAUAUCAAUGGAUUGAGAAAGAGCUGAAUGAGCUGUCUGAGCCUGUUGCAACGAAAGAAGACGUUUCCGAUGAAAUGUACCUUGGCAUGUACAAAACGGCUAUUGGGAUGCAGAAGGAGCUGCUUGCUGAAGCUGACGCCGCCGCUGUAUCUGGAGCUGAAGGCAGCGAUGCGUCGAUCUGCGAAGAUGACGAGUUUGAUGAUUACGAGCCCGGUGAUAUUGAUGGCGGAGACGACUAG